GUGAGGCGUGCGGCUGGCCCCGCCCCCCGCACAGGUGACGCUCAUUAAAAAGGUGUGAAAGCGCUCCGGCUGCGUGUGUCUGCUUGAAGAGAAGCACCGAGAUGUCAACGAGCGGAGUGGAACCCGCAGCGCAGAGCCCGCUGUUGUCCUCCAGCUUCUCCUUCAGCCCGUGGUCAUGCGUCUGUGUGACGGGCUGGUCUGCAGCCAUGUGGAACGGCCUCUCAGACCCGCUGCUGCCCCCUUCAGGAUGCUCUGCCCCUGAACCGUGGCUGCUCCCAGAAUGCAGCUCUGUCUAUGACAGCCUGGUCAGUAACGCCUCUCCGAUCCCGUCUCCGCCAGCUCUCGGCGGCAUGCGAGGACGUGAACGAGCGUACAGCAGCAAACCUCGCAGAUCAUCCAUCCUUGAGCGCUGCAUCCUCAAAGCCUCCACCAGCAGCGUGGCCGUGGGGACGGAUGACGUGGACAAGAGGCCCCCGUUUGGCCGUUGUUACCCCCGACUGCCCGACCCGGCCAACUCUGAGACCAACGCAGCGGUCCUGAAGCGACGGCAGAAACAGAUUCAGUACGGGAAGAACACCAGUGGCUAUCUGAACUAUCUGCAGCAGGUGCCAAAAUACCUGAGGGACCCGAAGCUCCACCCAUCCACUCCCAACAAGUACAAAAAGUACAGCCGGCGCUCCUGGGACAUGCAGGUUCGUCUGUGGAGGCGGGCGCUGCACCUGUGGGACCCUCCGUCUGCCAGCCAACCCGAUGAAACUCCGGACCCAGUGGAGCAGCUGCAGAGCCAGCUGGCGAAGAUGACGUCUGACCUGUGCGAGGACGGAGGAGACGAGCAGAGAGAGAAUCGUGCUCCUGCGUCCUCUAAAGUCUUCUCUGUGUCUCCGUUCUCCACCGCCUGUGAGGACUCAGCCGGAGCCUGGACCGUUCCAACCUCGCCGCAGAUGCAGACGGGCUGCCGGCCUCUCCGCUCCCCUCCUGGCCUCGGCUACUCCCACAGGAGUCUGCUGAUCCCUGACGACAAGAGCGACUGGCCCCGCCUCCUGAUGGAAACUGAUCACAUGCCAGAUUUCGGCUCUGAUGACCAGCAGGUUCCUGUGUUUUCUGACCAGCUCUUCUGGAAUCCUUACUGACCUGAACACGUCAAAGACGCCCCGCACAGCCUCGACCUCUGAUCGUGACCGCAUUUGUAUCGUCUGAUUCGUUUGACUUUUUAAAGAUGAGCUCAGAUUUCCUCCAUGGCAGCAGAAGGGACUGAUCCCUGAUCCAAGCGUGGUCCAGUCCUCCGCUCUGCCUUGAAGGCGGGACGGGGGCAGCGGUGGGUUCCUGACCUGAGCACCCCAAUAUAAUUUGCACUUUUUUGUUUGUUAAACUGCAUCAGAUGGAGCACCUGUCACCUGCACUGUUUGAGUCUUCGACUGCUGGGAGAUUCCCCAGCAUGUCCUUAACUCCUGUUCGUUGUCACUCUGUCCUUGUUGUCUUCGUUCACCCUUUGUGUCCUGCUGUCUGGAUCAGGUUCUUCCUCGUGUAUCCAUGUUUUUUCUCAAAAACAAAGUUCUGUCAGUGUUGUCACUUUUUUUUACUUGAUUUUUGCUGCUUGAAUGUCAAGAGCAAUGCUAAAAUGAAAUAAA